GGCUGAGGAGCAGAGAGGGAGCAAAGGACUCUCUGGGUGGGCAAACAGGACUGACUGGAGAAGGCAAAGGGACAAGGGGCUUCUGGUCAGCAAGGAGCUGUUCUGACAAGGGAGGCAGCUGUGAGGGUGCCAUCCAGAAGGGACUGCAACCCAGCUCACUCUACAGAUCCCGAACCAAGGCUGCCCCACGUGAAGGAGCCACCCCUAGGUCAGAAAGAUGGGGGAAAUGGAACAGAUGAAGCAGGAGGCUGAGCAGCUGAAGAAGCAGAUUGCGGACGCCCGGAAAGCCUGUGCAGACACAACGCUGGCUCAGAUUGUGUCUGGAGUGGAGGUUGUUGGCCGCAUCCAGAUGCGGACCAGAAGGACCCUGCGGGGGCACCUGGCCAAGAUCUACGCCUUGCACUGGUCCACAGACUCCAAACUUAUGGUCAGUGCCUCACAAGAUGGGAAACUGAUUGUGUGGGACACAUACACAACUAACAAGGUUCAUGCCAUCCCUUUGCGUUCUUCCUGGGUCAUGACCUGUGCCUAUGCUCCCUCAGGGAAUUUUGUGGCCUGUGGGGGCCUUGACAACGUAUGCUCCAUCUACAACCUCAAGUCUCGUGAAGGCAACGUCAAAGUGAGCAGGGAGCUCUCAGCCCAUACAGGAUACCUCUCCUGCUGCCGAUUUCUUGAUGACAACUCUAUUGUGACUAGCUCUGGAGAUACCACGUGUGCGCUCUGGGACAUUGAGACGGGGCAGCAGAAGACUGUGUUCCUGGGACACACCGGAGACUGUAUGAGCUUGGCUGUCUCCCCAGACUUCAAACUCUUUAUCUCUGGGGCUUGUGAUGCUACUGCCAAACUCUGGGAUGUGCGGGAGGCCUCCUGCCGUCAGACCUUCGGAGGACAUGAGUCUGAUAUCAAUGCAAUCUCUUUCUUCCCUAACGGUGAAGCCAUCUGCACUGGCUCAGAUGAUGCCACCUGCCGUCUCUUUGACCUCCGAGCGGACCAGGAGCUCAUAGUGUACUCUCAUGAGAGCAUCAUCUGUGGAAUCACAUCAGUCGCCCUCUCCCGCAGUGGGCGUCUUGUGCUUGCUGGGUAUGACGACUUCAACUGCAACAUCUGGGACUCCCUGAAAGCAGAGCGUGUGGGUAUCCUUUCUGGCCAUGAUAACAGAGUGAGCUGCCUGGGGGUGACAGCAGAUGGCAUGGCUGUUGCCACUGGCUCCUGGGACAGCUUCCUCAAGAUUUGGAACUGAGGAUGGCGGCAGAGA